CGCCGUCCCAGCAGCUGCACCGUCUCGCACCGCGCUCAUCUCGAGCGGGUCUACGCGCCGCCACCACGACGCGCCACAUUCAGCGCCAGCCAGCAGGAGUCAAGGUUAGUGGAGAUGUCAACCUCCAAUGAAGUAGACUCGGGCGAAGGCCCGCAGACACUCUCCAGUGGAAGCAGGCUAUAUUUAAGUUAUACUGAGGCUACCAAGUUGGUACGCCAUAAAUUUGAUGGGGACAGAGAAAGAUUGUCCGAAUUUAUUGAUAAUUACGAUAAUGCGUACAAUUUAGCGAAUCCUAGUUAUAAGCAAGGGUUUCUGAAGUUCAUUAUUGGUCAGAUAACGGGCUCAGCCCACAGUAAACUAUUGGUUAGAGAUCAUACAGAGACUUGGUCUGCCGUGAGGUCUAUAUUGUUGGAAAAUUAUGAGAGCAAGCGCACAAUUGACUACUAUGCUUGUACCAUGUUUAAUAGUAGGCAGGAAAACGGUGAAAGUGUGGCUCAAUGGGGCUCUCGCGAUGAUUCUAUACAGUUCCACUUUCGAGAGGCAAUGAAGAGGGUCAUAGAUGAGGACGAGAUUGCAGGAUGCAAUGCGCUGAUAGGGAAGGUAGGACGGGCCGUGUUCAUACAGGGAUUAUACGACGAGAGAAUAAAAACAGUAAUACGGGCACACGGCGAACGGAUAACCCUGUCAGAGGCUAUUGACUUAUCCGCAACGGAGGAAUGUGCGAUAACGUCCGAGCGAGAUAAACGCCGCGUGGCGACAGCAAGCAGGACUGGAAGGAAAAGUAGUACGAAAUGCUUUAAUUGCGGAAAAGAAGGGCAUGUAGCGCGUGAAUGUAGAACAAAGUAUACCGUCCGAAAGACAGACGUGGUAAAGGGCGGCUCCCAGGGGACAGACCGAAAUCGAUUACCAGUCAAGGAAAUUGAAGUGCGGGAAUUUAGGGGAAGUGGGGGACGAGAAGAGGGCGUAAUGCCGCAGUUCCAUUACGCUGCGUCAGGAAUAAUAAGAGCUGCAGAAUGCAGGGGCAAAAAGACUAUAUAUGCGUGAGGAGCAAAGAUGUAAAAGGAACUGAGAUGAGAUUACUAAUAGAUAGUGGGAUCCACAUUAACCUCAUUAAAUCCAGGGUUUUGAGGGAUGGUGUAAAGAAGGAAACCGAAAGGGCAGUGACAAACAGUAUCGUCAAUGAAGAGGUCAGGAUGGAGGGUCCUGUAU